GUGGCUGUGGGCCGCGGUAGCGGCGGGGCGCGAUGCCCGAUGCCCGCCCGGGGCUGACCGGGCGGCAGCGCUGCCAUGAGCGGAGCCCGGCGCCUCGGCCAGGGAGCUCUGCCGUCCCGCAGUGAGCGCUCUGCGCCGAGUGUCUCUCGUCCCUCUGCAGCACGCUGCCAGCUGGUACCUCCCUCUUUUCUGAAGCGUAACUGAGGAGGGGGUGGAAGGCAGAGGAAGUUUGGUGCUCAGUUUUUUUUCCGUAGGCUUUGCUGAGGGAUUCCCUGUGCGUGGCAGCGCGGCGGGCUGCAGGACGGGGUGCGGAGGGGCAGGGGCACGGCCGGAGCCGGGGCUGUGCGGAGCCGUGCCCCGCCGUGUACCUGCGGCUCUGGAUGCGAGCUCCGCGCAGCUCCGCCGAGCGUAGCGGCAGCGGCGCGGCUGAUGCAGAUGCGUGCGUGUGUGUGUGCUUAACCCUUUCUUGGCUCCUCGGAUUUGUACCAUGCUGAAGAUCCUCACCAAAAAGCUCAGGAACCAGAGUUUGAACGAAAUUCAACCUUUCCAGCUAAAGAUCUCCUAUCCCCCAAGUGAUGAGGACAGCGAUGACUCUGAGGGAGAGAACCAGGAACUUGCUCAGAUCGACAGAGAGAGAAGACGGAAUUGUGCCCUGACUCCUCUGGCCACCAACCAGCUCCAGAACCAGGAGAGCCAAUGCUGCAAGGUUCGGGCCCUCUUCCACGCCAGCCUUGACCGGCACAGCUCGGAGGAGGAGCUGGAGCGCAUCAACCGCGAGUUUGCGGCGGAGAAGCGCAAGUGGUCGCAGGUCAGCCGGCUCACCUGCUGCGGCGACGGCAACAACGCCUCCUCCAGCGACGAGGAAGUGAAGAACUUGUGCGCCAUGUCCUUCCGGCCCGUGGCAGAGCGGGGCGACGGCCUCCAGGCCAGCCCCAGCCCCGUGCUGUUCAGUGCCUCCCCUCCCAAGAGACUGCAGCCCCUGGUGCGCAGCCCGGCCUCCGCACCUCUCAUCUUCACCAGCGUCGGGGCGGGCCUUGAGCAGGUCAUGCCUUGUAAGAGACACCGACAGGGAUAUGGGGAUAAGGUCAGCAGGCCCAGCCUUGACCUGGAAAAAAUGCAGCAGGCAACCAAAGAUGAGACUGAAGAGCUCCACAUAUUUGAUCUGCAUUCAGCAGCAUCAGUGAAUGAGUGAUACCAAGUCAGUGCACCAGUAAUUAGUUCUGAAGAACCCCAGGGAACAAUCUGUGAACUUCUACUGAGGCUUUUUUAGACAGCUACUUAAUUUCUCCAAGUGCUUGGUAAGAGGUGUAGCAAUUUAGCCUGUCAUUCUCUCACUGGUGUCUCUACACUCUUGUCUUUAGGCUCCAAAUAAGCAUUUAGAGCAAACAAAAGUGCAUUGAGGUUUCAGAACUGGAUGUAAUGCAGGAGUUUUGCUGGACAGAUCAUGACAGUGCUACAAAUGUUCCAUGGUCAGCAACACUGCUCCUGGCUUUCUCAGCAUCUGUGAUUAACCUAAAGCAUUCAAAUAAGAGAAAGCCAAAGGAUCUAGAAAACACCCUAACAAACCAGCUGACUGAUGCAAUAUUUGCUAUGCUUGUUUUACCCUGGCCUAGUUCUGGGAAUUCCCAUCCAAUACUGAAUGAUUCUGUGCUUCAGGAAGUGCCAAGACUGCACUUUUUUCCAAGGCUCUAAACUAUCUAUGCAACCACCUGCAACUUACAAAAACAUGUGUAUUGGGAUUGCAUGGCCAGGUUUUGGUAGGAAAGGGGCCUACAGCAUUAUAUGGUGUUAGCAGAAGUAUAAAAAUGAGCUGACUCUUCCUUUACCCAGUCUCUACUACACUGUAAUACAACAGUCUUGUUGAGAAACAGUAUCAGUAGAAACAAAGGAAUCAGAAGAGAUGAAAGCUUGGAAUUACACCCCUCAGACAAUCUAAGCAUUAGCUUAUUUUGCUGGUCAAUUGCUAAUUACUUAUCAAAAGUAUAAGGCUGAAAACAAUUCCUUCAAACACACAGAACAUCAGUUUGUAUGCUUGGUGGAAUGGUACUGCUUUUUGAGCAGGGAUCUGGUACAAUCAAUCACCGACAAAGAUGAGUUUUGGUGCAGAGCUGAAUAACUAGAAAGAAACACAGUCAUGUACUUAACAGAAGAUAGCCCAGCUGUCACACUGCUGCAAGGCUUCUUGGAGAGAAGCUUCUGACAGACUCAUGGUGCAGCCUUUGUUAAUGUCAACUCUGCCAGUAAGGCUUCCAUGUUAACAACCAGCCUAAACACAUUUCCUUCCUGCCUUCCUUUUACUCCAUGAGACUUCAUCAGUCACAGAAAGCAAAAUGCAGCCAUUGAGACAGUUUUUAAACAUAACUCACUAACAGACCCCAUCACUGGUCUGGAAAGGCUCUGCCUUCAGAAACAAAGGCAUAAUCCUAGAGCCUGAAUGGCACUCCCUGUACUGCCAUGUUCACUGAAUGUAUGGGUUACAUGUCAAUUGCUUUGUCACCACAUUUUUGCUUCCAACCUUUCCAUUGUACAGCAUGUUUAUAACAAGAGAAGUGAAAUAAAAUUUACCUUUUCUGUGAGUUCUUUCCUCCUCC